AUGGGAUGGGACUUUGUCAGCGCGGUCAAGCAAUGCUCAUACACGAUGCUCGAGCUCCUACUGCUAGGCGGCUAUGAUACUAAUGCGUGGGUCAGAGAUGAUUGGCCUCCUCAUCUGCCUGACACAUUAUUCGACCCGGAGCUUGUGAGGUGGCUCGUCGAACACGGUGCGGAUCCGAAUGCUCAGUGUAGAUACGAUAUCACACCAUUGUCGAUCGCAGCUGGAUCGGCCUCGAGAGAAGUCAUCGAAUUGUUGUUCGAGCUGGGCGCCUCCGUGAGGCGUGGUCAGCCGCUACACUGUGCCGUCAGAGCCGACCGUGAAGACGAUGUCGUGGAGCUCCUCAUAAGCAAAGGUGCCUCACCGAAUGCACUCAUGUUUCACGAUCACCCGGUGUCGGUCUGCCAGUUCGAAUGCCUCGGUCUUGGAACACCAUUACAUGAGGCUGUCCGCCAGCGCAACGACAGGCUGGAACGGCUCCUUCUUAAUCACGGCGCGAAUUCGCAGAUCAGGGACAGUCUGGGAGAAUUGCCGCAGGUCAAGAGGUUCCCUUUCAGGACUGCCCUCUGA